AUGACGCUCUCCAUCUUUGUCCCUAUUGCAUACAUUGCAGCACUUUACCUUUCUCUGUCAUUAUUCUCGAAGAUAUAUCGCCGGCGCGCACAGCGUACCAUGCAAAAGUAUCAAAACACGUCGUCGCAGGAUGCUGAAACCCAGCCUGCCCGAGCGAUAUACAAAGCAUUGAGUGAAAUUCAGGAGGCCUAUCCCGACGAGCCUGCGGAGUCAGAGGAUUGGAUUGUGCCUCGAGAAACGCUUCAAGCGUCACUGCUUGCCCGCGCUGUCGCUGUUCUACGAAUCAUGAGUAGAUUGCGUCUCGACAAGCAGGCCCUCCAAUCUUUGCUGGAGAGUGGCUCGCUUGGUGACGACGCGGCGACAAUGCUCGAAGCAAAAGAAACUGAGAUUCGUGAUGAAGCGUUCCAGAUUGUGCGCGAAGCAAAUCGUUUCCAUCCAUCGUGGGGUCGGCUCAUUUUCGAGAAUGCAAACCAGAUCUCGAGCAACCUUAAUCAUCGCGACAUACUGCUAAACAUUUCCAAGCAGCGCACGGAUGAGCAGGCAAAGAUGCGUCAGAUGGGUAUGAAUGUGCCUGAGCUCAAGUUUAAUAUCAAGCCAGUCGCAGCCCCAACUUCAUAG